AUGAGCGCCUUCCAUCAAGCGCAAGCGCCCGCCCGCGCCAUCGACCCCGAUUCGGACGUCGAGGAGGAGGCCCUCGUCAACGACUACAAGGAGCAGGUCCAAUAUGAGGAGGAUGACGCCGAGUCCACCCAGAUGUCCCUCGCCGCCCAGACCGACGACAUCCAGUCGCGCCUCGCCGCUGCCGCCCAGCCCCUUGACUACUCCGCCGGUCUGGAGGUCAAGUUCUCGAGCUACGAUUCCUACUGCAGCUUGUUCCACUUCAUCUUGAACUCCGAGGGCCCCGUCGACCUCGAGCCCCCUUCCUACUACUGGGCUUGGGACGUCAUCGAUGAAUUCAUCUACCAGUUCAACUCGUUCUCCUCGUACAGAGCUCGCAUCGCCCGUCAAGGUAACAAUGAGGAGGAGAUCGCCAUGCUCCGCGAGAACCCCAACACCUGGGGCUGCUACAGCGUCCUCAACGUCCUCUACUCCCUGAUCCAAAAGUCGCAGAUCACCGAGCAGUUGGCCGCCAUGAAGCGCAACGAGGAUCCCGCGGCCGUCGCCGGCGAAUAUGGUUCCAAGAACCUCUACAAGAUGCUCGGCUACUUCUCCAUCAUUGGUCUGCUCCGCGUCCACACCCUUCUCGGUGACUUCAGCCUCGCCCUCAAGACCCUCGACGACAUCGAGCUCAACAAGAAGGCCAUGUUCGCCCGCGUCAUGGCUGCCCACUUCACCACCUACUACUAUGUCGGUUUCUCCUACAUGAUGAUGCGCCGCUACGCCGAUGCCAUCCGCAUGUUCAGCCACAUCCUGGUCUACGUUUCUCGCACCAAGAACUUCCAGAAGAACGCCCAGUACGAUUCCAUCACCAAGAAGAACGACCAGAUGUACGCCCUCAUCGCCAUCUGCGUUGCCUUCCAGCCCACCCGUCUGGAUGACACCAUCCACACCGCCCUCCGUGAGAAGUACGGCGACCAGCUCCUCAAGCUCCAGCGCGGUGGCCCCGAGGCCCUCCCUAUCUACGAGGAGCUCUUCCGCACCGCCUGCCCCAAGUUCAUCUCCCCCGUCCCCCCCAACUUCGACGAGCCCGAGGCCAACAUCGAUCCCAUCGAGCACCACCUUUCCGUUUUCAUGGACGAGGUCAAGACCAACAUGUUCAACCCCACCAUCAAGUCUUACCUCCGCCUGUACACCACCAUGGAUCUCAAGAAACUCGCCGGUUUCCUCGAGGUCAAGCCCGAGGAGCUCCGUGGCUGGCUCAUGGUCAACAAGCAGCGCACCAAGCAGCUGCGCUGGACCGACGGUGGUCUUCUGGAGGGUGAGCUUGUCAACGUCAGCGAUCUCGACUAUGCUCUCCAGGGUGACCUCAUCCACAUCUCCGAGGCCAAGGUCGGCCGCAAGUUGGUUGACUGGUACCUCCGCAACCUUUCGCGCACUUAUGCUUGA